AUGACGAGGAUGUCUGACCUUGACGAAAACAUGGUAGCUGAGAUACUUUGCAGGGUUCCGAUGACAUGUCUGAAAACAGUGCGAUCUGUUUGCAAAACGUGGAAUACUUUAUCCAAAAAGGGGGUUAUUGUCGCCAAAGAGAAGCAGUUUCUGGGAUUCAUGAUGAUGAAUUCAAGGGUUUGUUCCUUGAGAUAUGAUCUCCAAGGAGUCCGCAACGAAGACAACGUCGUCGAGCCACCAUCUAUAAAGCAGAUAAGUACACUUGACCAAAUCGAGGUAUCUAAAAUCUAUCACUGCGACGGUUUAGUGUUAUGCGUUAUCAAAGACGACUUGACGAGGGUCUUGGUCUGGAAUCCCUACUUGGGGCAAACGAGGUGGAUCCAGUUCCAACCCAAACACGAUUUCCACAGAUUGGACAGGUAUGCUCUUGGUUAUGACAAGAACAGUCGUAACCACAAAAUCUUGAGGUUUGUGGAUGAUGAUUACCUCCAUGACGUAAAACACAUUCUCCGGUACGAAAUCUACGAUUUCAGCCUCGAUUCAUGGAGGGUUCUUGAUGUCACUUCCGACUGGGAUAUAGCGUUUUAUCAACGUGGCGUGUCUGUCAAGGGAAACACUUACUUUUUCGCCACAGAGAAACUAAUCUUCGACGAGGAAGAGGUGGGACCCCAAGACAUAGAUACGUCAGGGACUGAAGACUUUUUACUCUGUUUUGAUUUUACGGCAGAGAGAUUUGGGCCGCGUCUUCCUCUGCCCUUUCACUCUUACUUCGAAGAGACUCUCACUCUGUCCUGUGUUAAAGAAGAGCAGCUCUCCAUCUUGUACCAGCGCUAUGAACCAUACGAGAUGGACAUUUGGGUUUCCACUAACAUCGACCCCAAUGCAGUGUCGUGGAGCAUGUUUUUGAAACUGGAUAUGACUCCACUCACUGGUUUUCGGUUUGACUUUAUGGCUGCGAGUUUCUUCAUUGACGAGGAGAACAAAGUCGCCGUGGUUUUUGAUCUUGACAGAUUUAGACCAGACCUGACCUGUCGCUACCAAACAGCUUACAUCAUUGGCCAAGAUGGAUACUUCAAUUCUGUCAAUAUCGGAGAAGCUCCUAAUCUCGCCAAUGGCAAAGUUGGAUAUACUUGGCCCAUGUUUUGCAUCCCACUUGUCUGCUCUUCUUCUUAUGUUCCAAGUUUAGUGCAGAUAGCUUAGCUAGUUUCUUUCAA